AGUACCUGUCGCUCCGGCACACGGCCUUCAGAGAUGGACAAGUUCAGAACUGUUCUGGACUUUGCCAACAAACAGACCAACCUCGGCUUCGGCUUGGUGGCGCUGCUCACGGCGGGAGGGGAGCAGGUCUUCUCCUCGGCGGUCUUCAAUUGUCCCUGCAGCGACCUGAACUUCCUCUACGGGAUGGUGUUCCUGCUCGUGCCCGCCCUGGCGCUGCUGCUGCUCGGCUACAUCCUGAGCAAGAAGACGUGGAAGCUGCUGACCGGCGUGUGCAGCCGCCGCCGCUCCGCGCGUUCCCGCUGGAAGUCUCUGACCGGCACCGCCGCCGCGCUCUUCCAGAUCAGCUCCGUGGCGCUGGUGGCGCCCUCCAGCUGGAUCGCGGUGGCGCUCCUCAACGGGAAUUACUACGAGUGCGCGAUGACCGGGACCAACGUGAGCGCGUUCGAGGGACUCCUGUGCGGGGCGGAGAGCUCGCGGGUUUCGUGCCGGCAGCAGCUGCACAGGUUCCCCUGCGGGACGGGCAGCGACGUGCCGAAGGUCGUCAGGGACGAUGUUCUGCUCGCACUGAGAGCGCAGUCUCAGAUCCUGGGCUGGCUGCUCAUCGCCUCCGUCAUGUUGUCCAACCUUCUGCUCAACUGCCUGGCUCGGUGCACCUCCCCCAUCAGCUACCAGCAGCUCAAGUUCUGGGGAGCGUACAUUCAGGAGGAGAGCAGCCUGAUCGAUUUGUACAGCGCCGAGCACGCCAAAGAGCUCGCCGAGAGGAACCUGAAGAGCUUCUUCGGCCGGACCCCGCCCAAAGACAUCGUCACCCCUUCCAGCAAGGAUUGGGAGAAGAUCUCCAGCCUCUACAAGUUCCGCACCAGAGACCAAUUCUACAGCACCCUGCACCGGUACGUGGAGAGCGGUCAGGGGAACGACAGCGCUAUGAUGAGGAUGGCCUCCAUCCUUUCCAACGAGCCCGCCGACAACCCCCCGGCUGUUCUGGGUUUUGUAGACGAAGGCAGGAUGGCGCUGUGACGCGGCCUCCCGGGCAGCAGAGGAUCGUCUGGGUUGGAUGGGCGCUGGAUUUGCCGACCAUCCAGGGAGCCGACAAUCUUGUGAGCACUCGGGAGGCCGAUUUAAGCAUUGCACUGAUCCUGACUGGAUGAUGGCGGCAGUUAAGGUUGAGAGAUCGCCAGGAGUUAUCCCAGGCAGGGCAUACAUAUUUUAACCGUGUGCACCUGAAACCGAAAUUGUCGAUGACAAUUAGGACACGCAGUGUGUGAAACAAAAAACUCUCCGUUCUUUUAGCAAUAUAAUGAUACAAAGGAUGACAAGACAAAGCAGUUGGCAAUGCGAAUAAAAGCAGAGCGGUGAUUUCAAACAAACAGCAGCAACAGAGAGGCAGAUGGUAAAACUGAUUCAUGCCAGCAAUAUCUGCCCACAAUUCAUUUCUAUGCAAAGUUUCAUCAGGAAAUGGGUCAACUUCACCACUUCCUGUACAGGACACGUGCAAUAAAAUUAAAGUUACUAUGAGGAACCUUUAACUGGUUAUACCAGUCUGAAGAUAUCAGAAUAUAUUUUGUCAGUGAGGUUGGCGGUCGUUAUUUUAAUGCUUGCAGGUUGAAUUCUGCACCAAAUCAGACCAAAUAAAAUUCAAGUUUCACUUUGAAACUGGUUUAGCUCAGACUCAGGCAACCUUAUGCGGGACUCAGAUCUGGUUUUGCCUUUUCAUUUAUUUGUGAUGACCUUGCUGAUGGCGUUGCCGUAGAAGCAGCAGAUGCAGAAUCUUAACCAUUUCCUGUUUAAUGCUGUCAGAGUAGUCGCUCUUAUGGGAAUGGAACAGAGAGAAAACAACAACCCAAGAGCAUGUGAUCACUUCCUCGGCCCACUCUGCUGCUGAUGCGUUCUGCCUCUCUGCAGACAAUUGUAUCUAUGGCAACGUUUCAAAACGUUGAACGAAGGCUCUCGUUCUUCAUGGAUUUUUUUGUGCCUGCAGGUUUUUUUCCCCCCUUUUUUGCACAUUCCGACAUUCCAGAUGAGGAACUGAAAAUGUUCUCUUUGCUGAGACUUUGUUGUGUUUAAUGACUGUGUGCAAAAAGAGAAACAAAUCCAGUUGUCCUACUCGUUUUAUGUUGAUUAACCCGCAACCUGCUCCGUAUAAAAGUGAAUAGAACCCGAAGCAUGA